UUCUCUUCACUUCACUUCCCAACUUUAACUUUGCCCACCCCCUACAUCCUUUUGCGCAGGCAACGCCAUGGCAACGAUGUCCCUCUCAUCCCCUUCGUUUGCUGGCAAGGCCGUGCCCGUAGCGACCCGGUCGGAGUUUGGGAGCACUGUCCGUGGUGAUGGUCGAGUGAGCAUGAGGAAGUCUGCUAGCAGGGCCCCGGUGUCCGGAAGCCCGUGGUACGGCCCUGACAGAGUCAAGUACCUCGGCCCGUUCUCCGGUGAGCCCCCGUCCUACCUCACUGGCGAGUUCCCUGGUGACUACGGGUGGGACACUGCCGGCCUCUCUGCCGACCCCGAGACCUUCGCCAAGAACAGAGAGCUCGAGGUCAUCCACUGCAGGUGGGCCAUGCUCGGCGCUUUGGGAUGCGUGUUCCCAGAGCUACUCUCUCGCAAUGGUGUCAAGUUCGGUGAGGCGGUGUGGUUUAAGGCCGGUGCUCAAAUCUUCAGCGAGGGUGGACUGGACUACUUGGGCAAUCCGAACCUGGUGCAUGCUCAGAGCAUCUUGGCUAUCUGGGCCACUCAGGUCAUCCUCAUGAGCGCGGUCGAGGGUUACCGUGUGGCCGGCGGUCCCUUGGGUGAGGUGACCGACCCACUCUACCCCGGUGGCAGCUUUGACCCCUUGGGCCUGGCCGAGGACCCUGAGGCCUUUGCCGAGUUGAAGGUGAAGGAGAUCAAGAACGGCCGGCUCGCCAUGUUUUCGAUGUUCGGGUUCUUUGUUCAGGCCAUUGUCACUGGAAAGGGUCCAUUGGAGAACCUGGCUGACCACCUUGCAGACCCAGUGAACAACAAUGCUUGGGCCUAUGCCACCAACUUUGUGCCCGGAAAGUAAGUUUUUUUUUUUUUUCUGUCUGUUGUGAAAGGGUUGCGGACCCAAAUAAUUGGAAAAAAGUUGGUAAGAGUGUUGGAAUUGUGCAUUUUGUGGUGAUGGUCUUGCAUCACUUCAAUGAAUUAUGUAAAUUUGGAGGAUUCUUGAGAA